AUGAUAAUUGGGAGCUUUAACAUAAGGGGAGGAGGUAGUAGCAUCAAAAGGAAGCGGAUAAGGAGUAUUAUCAAUAAAGGAAGGGCGGAUUUUUUUCUAAUUCAAGAAACUAAAUUGGAGGAGAUUUCAGUUUCUUUGGCUAGAAGUUUUUGGGGAAAUGAUGACUUUGGGUUCUCCUUCUCUGCCUCUGUUGGAUCGGCGGGCGGUUUGAUCUCUCUUUGGCGUAAUUCGGAAGUGGGAGUUUUGGCUAGUUUUCGUGGUGAAGGUUACCUUGGUUCGAAAAUGGCUUGGAAAGGAGGUACUUUUUACAUAGUAAAUGUUUAUUAUCCUUGUUCUUUGGCGUUAAAGAGAUUGUUGUGGUCUAGGCUCUUAGUGUUGAAAAACACUUUUAAUGAUGGAGAGUGGAUUUUUGGUGGAGAUUUUAAUGCGGUGAAGAAUCGGAGCGAAAGAGUGGGGCGUUCUUUUAGGAGUGGUAACGGUGAAUGGAAGUUAUUCUCGGACUUCAUUGAUGAUAGUGGUCUAAUAGAUGUUCCUUGUAGAGGAAAGAAAUAUAGUUGGUAUAGUGGGGAUGGAAAAUCCAAGAGUAGGAUCGAUAUAUUUUUAGUCACGCAUAACAAUAUUCAAUCGUGGGGAAUCGUUGGUCAAUUAAUAGGAAAUAGGGAUGUUUCCGAUCAUUGCCCGAUUUGGUUAUUAAGCGACAAGGAAGAUUGGGGUCCUAAGACUUUUACUUUUAACAAUGAGUGGUUUUCCGAAAAAAACUUCUUAUCUUUUGUGGAGGAGGAAUGGAAGGGGUUAAAUGGUAGUGGAAGAGGAGACUUUUUUUUGAAGGAGAAGCUUCGUUUAAUCAAAGAUAGGUUGAGAUGGUGGAAUAGAAAUAUCUUGGGAAGGUGGAUUUGGAGGUGGAUGAGGGAGUUAGAAUUCUAA